GAUAAGGCUGAGAAAUUUUCCCAUUAUUGUUCAUCUGUAAGAGAUCACGUCUAAAGUCUGGGUCGAUGCAAAACAACUAAAGCAUCCCACCGUAAGAUCUCUCUCUCAGCUCUGUGUCGAUGGGAACCAAUAGAGAUUUCUACGGGGGAAACACAAAACUCUUCUGGGACGUAGAUGAUGUCUCAAUCCUUAGUCACCUAGAUCCUGAAUUGGUUUAUGGUAAUAUCAUGUCGGAACUUGAGGAUAAGGGUUUUGCAAUUAGUCCUUACACGUCGUCGACCGUAGCGAUCGUUGAUGAUUAUGUCUCGGAAACUUUGAGAGAUUCAUAUUCUAGAUCUGGAAUCCGAUUUAUUCGCUUCCCCGGAGGAACUAAAUAUGAGAGAGUUCACAACAUGUCAGUUUACACUCUUCUCUGGGCAUUGAGAGAGCAAAAUAUGCGAGCAAAUUUGAUUAUACUCUCAAAAGACAUGGGAAAAGACGAGAAGUUCACAAGUCUUAUCGAAGCUAUCAAGAAAAAAAGUAGUGAUUACAAUAUUGUCUUCCAUGAUCCUACCAGCAUAUUAGAUAACAGUGUUGGAACCCCUGUCGCCAUCGAGCAAAUCAAAGACGGAAGAUACCGCUGCAGUACUUGUAAGUCUAUAAUCAAGGAAGGCGAAAGUAGCUCCCGAAACCAAUAAGAUCUCAAGAAAGACAAAAGGGGCCAAUAUCUUUAGACUUUUAUGAAUAAAUGACUAGCUACAUAAGUUUUUAUUUUA